GGCUCAGGGGCUUCGUUGCCCUUUGGCAUGUGGAAUCGUCCGGGACCCGGGAUUAAACCCGCAUUCCGAGUUGGCAGGCAGAUUCUUUACCCCUGGUCCACCAGGGGCAUCCUAAGUUACUUUGCUGCGUCUUUACUGAGCCAUCACUCACCCCCUGCAUCUCACGCCUUUACAGUGUGCUCAGCUUUUAGUGUCGGAGAAGGCGAUGGCACCCCACUCUAGUACUCUUGCCUGGAAAAUCCCGUGGACGGAGGAGCCUGUCUCAUCAGACCAGAUUGAGCAGCUCCACCGGAGGUUUAAGCAGCUGAGCGGAGACCAGCCCACCAUCCGGAAGGAGAACUUCAACAACGUCCCUGACCUGGAGCUCAACCCAAUCCGGUCCAAAAUCAUCCGUGCCUUCUUCGACAACAGGAACCUGCGCAAGGGGUCCAGUGGCCUGGCCGACGAGAUCAACUUCGAGGACUUUGUGACCAUCAUGUCCUACUUCCGGCCCAUCGACAUCACCAUGGAUGAGGAGCAGGUGCAGCUGUGCCGGAAAGAGAAGCUGAGAUGUGGGUGUCCCAGGGCCCCUCCCCACGUUCUGUUCCACAUGUACGACUCGGACAGCGACGGCCGCAUCACCCUGGAAGAGUAUCGAAAUGUAGUAGAGGAGCUGCUCUCGGGGAACCCGCACAUCGAAAAGGAGUCUGCGCGCUCCAUCGCCGACGGCGCCAUGAUGGAGGCGGCCAGCGUCUGCGUGGGGCAGAUGGAGCCCGAUCAGGUGUAUGAGGGGAUCACCUUUGAUGACUUCCUAAAGAAACCAUCUUGGGCAUCCAGACAUCUCUUCCUGGGAACACCCUGCCCACCUAACAAGGAAAGCGCCUGGGGCUGUGGGCUUGUGAAGGUGGCUGAAAAUGUGCCAAGGCCUCCCUGUGGCUUGGGUGCCCACAGCACUGUGCUCGUCCGAGCCGCGUGGCUGUCCCUGCAGAUGUUGAGGGCGACACUAUCUGGCAGGGCAUCGACAUCGAGACCAAGAUGCACGUCCGCUUCCUUAACAUGGAGACCAUCGCCCUGUGCCACUGACUGCCCGCCCCACGGAGCGCCUGCACCGGGAUCUGGGCUGCGCAGGGGGCCCGUGUGCUGCGGCCUUUAUUGUAAAUAGCCGACACGCCUCGCUCAUCUCGUUUUCCCGCAGGGUAUGGUGUGUGGGACUUUGGUGUUUUUAUCUCUAAUAAAAAAGGAAAAGGGUUUGGUAA